ACCUUCGAGACAUCACUCGUGAAGCGCAACGCUACUCUGCUCACCUCAACAUCGCCACGACAUGCUUCACCACCUCCGAUAACCACGACAUCCUCCUCCGCGAACCACAUCACCGCCGAACAUCGCCGCCACCGCGGCCUCACAUCACAUCACAAUGGCGGACGAGCUACCGACGAUGCUGGCGUUCCCACCGGAGAAGAAGAAGGGUGGACUGAGCACAAAAGAGUACGAUGCAGCCAUCACAACACAUCUCAAACAGCUCAAAGACAUAUCACCAACAGCAUGGGAGAAGAAAGACUUGCUUGAGAUGCUCGAUCCAGCCGUGAACUCAAUACCAUACCUCUUCGCCCUCAACAUUCAAAUCUCGAAUUCGCAGAAGAACAACAAGCGCUUGGAUGAACUGGCCACUCUAGCGCUGGACUAUCUCGUCACAUUCGAUCCAAUCCAAGUCCGAUACGUGGGUGAGCAAUGGCGACUACUCUUCGAAUUCGCCUUCGGCAUGCUGGAACAUAAUCGAUCCACCGAUCUCACAGCUCUGGUCACUGCGCUUCUACGCCUGGACCCUACAUCCGGCACCCUCACAUCCUCUCACCUGCGUCUAGUUCGGCUCUGUUUGGCCCACGGCGUUCCCAGCCAGGCUUUACCUUUACUCGACAAGGACAUCUACGCAUACCCUCAGAGGUCUGUGAAGAACGUUCCGGAUGAACUUCUCUGCGAGGAGCAAGAGCUGAGCAAUGUCUUCAUCACGGAGAAGUCACACUUCUCCAGACAGCUCGGAGCGGAGCACGUUCUGGAGUACUACCUCCUCGCUGCACACGUCUACAUUGGCUACCGAAAUUUCCCUCGCGCACGGCUAUGCCUCGAGUGCGUUCUUUUGACACCUUCUCAGGGACACACCACCAGCGCCUUGCAAGCCGAAGCAUACCAAAAAUGGCUCCUCAUCGGCCUCAUAUACGAAGGCAAGCCUUUCCCGGCCAUUCGCACACUGGACUCCGUAGUGGCAAAGUCUGUCGAAAACGCCACAACAUUGUACAAAGCUCUAGUCUCGGACUUCCAAGCGCGAAACCUCCCGAAGUUCCGCGCUGAGGUCGAAUUCGGUGGCAGCACGUGGGCGGACGAUGGAAACCUGCGCCUGGUUCGGGAGUGCGAGAAUGCGUUGCAGAGAUACCGAGUGAUCGAUCUGCAGAAGACCUACGCUGCACUACCUGUCGGACGUGUCGCCGCUCUGCUUGAUCUCCAGUCGAAAGAGACACUGCUCUUGCUGCAAGACAUGAUCUCACGGGAUUACCUGCGCGCCGAACUUUCUCCACCCACAUCAAACGCCUCCGAUAGUGACGAAAACGUCGUCCUUCGCUUCCUUCCCGAUCUCGCGACCACAGACGAAGCCGAUCUCGAGAGACAGACCGAGCGGAUAGCUGCGCUUGUCAACUUCGUGCGCGACGCGGAGCGGAGAGUCGCUCUUUCGCGGGAGUUUGUGGAGUGGCAGAGGCGCAGCAAGCGUGCAGGAGCAGCCGAUGGGGAUCUGGCGGAUGCGAUGGAUUUGAGCUGGGACGAACCGGGUAAAGGCGGGAACUCGAUGCUGGAUAUGGAGGAUGGAGUCGAGGAGCUGGAGGACGAUGAGGAUCUGAUGACCUAA